UGUUGAGCUUUCAAAGGGAGCGAUUCUCGUUCCUCGAUUUUCUGAAUGGCUGAGGACGAACAAAGCACCACCCACUUUCUGGAUCCUCAUUCUCAUCCAAGUUUCGAAAAUAUUUGCGGUGUCGCCGCCUAGUAUGGAGUUUGCUGGUAGCAGGUGAUGGCCGCAACGUUGAAAUAAAUUAAGCCCACCGGAAAACUUGCUUCGUCAUUCGAGUUCAGCAAGCAAUGACGUAGCUGGUCAUCGCAGUGGCAAUUGGAUCUUAUGCAAAUUACGAGUAAAGGAAAUAUCCACCUGAUAGAGCUGUACCUUUUAUUAAAAAAAAAAGAAGACAUGGUACCCAGAAGUUGUUUGAUUCGCUGGAAAGCACUUCAUCUGGGUUCCCGUAUUCACCCUGCAGUUAGCUUCUCCAGAAGUUUAUUUGCAAGUACCCAAGUGCAUCAAACAAGUUGGGUACAAGCCGUUUCAAAUGCAGAAAAAGUAGUGGGCUUUCCUACAUCCCUCCUUAGUCUGCGAAGCGUUGCAAACGAUGAAAUUUCUAAUAUUGCGGUAUACUUAAAAAAGCUUAUUGGGACCGGACAUCCACUCAUUGCCACUGCCAAAAAUUUGGUGUAUUCCAAAGAUAAGACCCAUCAAACCAGAGGCUUGUUGGUUUUGCUUAUGUCAAAGGCAGCAAAAAAGGAGUCUGGUCAAGACAUUUUGCCUCAACAAAGAACCCUUGCAGAAAUCACAGAAUUGGUCUAUACAGCUCAUGUAAUUCACGGUGGAGUAAUAAAUCUUAACACACCAAAUGCUAACCUAGAGAUGGGUAACAAAAUGGCAGUUUUAUGUGGCGACUUCUUUCUAGCCCAUUCUUGUGUGCAGUUAGCAACCAUACAAAAUCUGAAGAUUGUAGAGCUGAUUGCACAGGCAAUAACAGACUAUAGUACUUCUGAAUUCAUAGAUGUAGUUGCAAAUGAAAAUGAUUCUGCAUUGGAUAGGUGGAAUCAGCAAACGAAAUUAAGAUAUGGUUCUCUAAUAUCCCAUGCUUGCCAGGCAACACUCAUUCUCGGAAAUAACGCAGAACUCGCCGAAGCUGGAAAAUCUUUUGGUAUGGAGAUCGCAUUAGCUUGGCAGGCGAACAUUGAAAUCCAGACCUACCAAAGCAGUGAAAAUAGAGCUGAUCAUGUUCUGUCCAAGUUGUUUCCGGAAACUUCAUUUGUAGAGGUUGUAUCAAAUUUUCAAGCUGUACGUGAUAAGCACGUCGAUGCAACAUUGAAAAUAUUGACCGCAUUUCCGCAGAAUGAUGCCACCAUUGCCCUGGGUAAUAUUGUAAGGGCACUCAAGUAUUGAUUGUGCUUUGACUUUACUAAAUUACC